GUAUCCAAAUAAAAUAAACAAAUAAAAAACAUCAACAACAAUCAGCUGAUUGUCAAUUUGUCCAGAGAUAUUUGACAUUUGUUAUUAUUUGUUAUUCUCUAUUUGUAAAAUUUAUUAUUGUAUUUUGUGAAUUGUUAAAAAAAAAAAACCUAUCAUUGAUUAAUCAUCACAAUGCCAAAUGAAAAAUCAAAAAGUUUAAUUCCACCUUCUGCUAUUGUUGAAGUUGAUAUUCGAGAAGAUGAAGAACAAGCUGUUAAAUUUAAUGAGAUUGUUGAUCUCUUGGUGGCAGCUGGUUAUUUCAGAGCAAGAAUCAAGGGUAUAUCAAAUUUUGACAAGGUCAUAGGAGGAAUGACUUGGUGCAUUGAAUCAUGUAAUUUUGACGUUGAUGUUGAUUUAUUGUUUCAUGAAAAUUUAACAAUUGGUCAAAAAAUAUCAUUGACAGAAAAAAUUGUGGCAAUGUUACCAAAAAUGAAUUGUCCCCACAGAAUUGAACCCCAUCAAAUUCAGGGUCUAGAUUGCAUUCAUAUAUUUCCAGUUAUCCAGUGGCUUGUUAAACGUUCAAUGGAAACGAGAAAAGAUAAUGCAAGUUUUGUACGUGCAUUUGCAUUAAGUCAAUUUGAUAAAUUGUAUUCAUCUAAAAAUAAUGAACAUUCAAUGAAAGAUGAACAAAUGAAAAAUAUUGAAGCUAAUAUUCAAUCAGUUAAACAAUCAUAUGGACCUAAAAGAAAAUUUAAAAGAGCUGGUGAAGCUCCAAAAGAUGAAAUAGCUCGUGUUAAAAGUACAUUGUUAGAGUAUGGUAUUUUACCAAUUGGAAAUAUUGUGUCAUCUGUAUCUGAUAGUGGUGAAAAUGAGAAUGUAAAUAUUCAAGAUACAACAGAAAUUAAUAAUGAAUUAAUAAAAGAUCAAGGACAAGUUGUUCACCUGGAUGAGGAACGUUUAAGUGCAAGUGCAGUUGGAAAUAUUGUUGGACUUCAAGCACAAGAAAUUGUUCAAGUUUCUGAGCUAUAUGCUUCAUUGUCUGUUGAUUCAAGUAAUUCGACAAAUGAAUCAAGAAUAUUAUCAGCACUUGAAAAACAACAAUCAACAUUACAAAAAAGAAUUAAUAAAUUAAAAAUGGAACAUGACACAUUGACUGAACAGUACAAUAAUCAAAUUGAAAAAAUGAAAAAAACAAAUGAGAAAAAACAAAUUAUUGAGGAUGAAUUUUUGAGAAUGAAAGAAAUGGAAACUCCAGAAAAUAAAGGAAUGUUGGCUAAGCUAGAAGAGUUACUUGCAGUUCACAGUGGUUUAAAAAAUCAAGAACAUAAAUUUCGAGAACAAUGUAAAAUUGAUUUAGUUAAUCUCCAAAAUUUAGUUGAAAAUAUUGAAACUUGUGAUCCACAAGAAAAAGAAAAUCAAAUUGCUGAAUAUGAUUCACUUAAAGAGUCAAUAAAUAAAACAAGAUUAUUACUUGCUAAAAAAAAUCGUGCAAUUGCUUCAUUAACACGUAAACUUGAUGAUGUACCAGGUAGAUCUGAAUUGACUCAGUAUCAAAGAAGAUUUAUGGAACUUUACAAUCAAGUUUCUGCUAAACACAAGGAAACUAAACAGUACUAUACAUUGUAUAAUACUUUGGAUGAUACUAAACUUUAUUUGAGCAAGGAAUUAUCUCUCUUAAAUUCAAUUCAAGAAAACUACAAUGAAGCAAUGGCAUCUGCAAGUGGAAAAGAACAAUUUUUAAAACAAUUUGAAGCAAUAAUAGCUGGUAUUAAACGAAACAAAGACAUGGUGGAAACAAGAUGUGCUGAGGAAAAAGACAAACGUUUUAAGUUGAAUAAACAACUUGUUACUCUUGUUGAACAACAAAGAAAAUAUGUUGCUGCUGUGAGACAACUAACAAUUGAAUGUCGUAAAAAUGAGGCACUUCUUGCUCAACUACGUGCCACAUAAAAACCAAAAAUUAAUGAAGAAUUAAAUGAAGGAUCCAGAAUUUAAUACGUAUUACUACGACAGUCAUGUUUUAUAUUGUUUUUUUUUUUUUAAUAACGUACUUUUGGCGUGUGUAAUAUUGUUUAACAAUGUACGAUUGACAACGAAUUAAAUAAUAAUAUUUUUUUAUAAAUUAAUAAAUCAAUUGUUCCACAG